AGAUAAAAAUUGGGACCAGAGUCCUUGUAUAUAUAGACAUUGCAUUAAUUGAGUUUAUACGAGGAGAGGACAUAACCUAAACUGGUAAACAUAUGAGUAUAUGACGUAUGUUUGCAAAACUCCGCAUAAAUACAAAGCAUUGGCUUUAUUUUGUUCUGACAUGCAUCACAUGUGAUAAGCUUCACAUAUCAAAUAUAUUUAUCAUCAAACUUCUAAUUAAUGUGACAUUUUUCAUCAAACCUCUCUAAUCCACAAUAAUGGUGUCAUUUCUUCACAUACUUCUAGCUUUUCCUUUAUUGGUAUUAUUUCUUUUCAUAAAAUUCAAAAUAAUUACCAAAAACUCAUCAACCCUUCCAAAAGGUCCAAAAGGUCUUCCAAUAAUUGGCAAUCUCCAUCAACUUGAUAGUUCAAAAUUACAUGUUCAACUUUGGAACCUCUCAAAAAUCUAUGGUCCUCUUUUCUCUCUUAAAAUUGGUUUCAAACAUGCAAUUGUUGUUUCAUCACCUAAACUAGCUAAAGAAAUUCUCAAAGAUCAUGACCAUGAUGUUUGUAGUAGACCAACUUCAUAUGGUACACAAAAAUUGUCUUACAAUGGCUUAGAUAUGAUAUUUUCACCAUACAAUGAUUGUUGGAGAGAAAUAAGAAAAAUUUGUGUGGUCCAUUUUUUUAGCUCCAAAAAAAUUUCUAGCUUUUCACAUGUGAGAAAAUUUGAGGUCAAACAAAUGAUGAAAAGGAUUUCCAACCAUGUUGAUUCUAACAAAAUUUCAAACCUUAGUGAGAUUAUUAUGUCUGUCUCAAGCUCUAUAGUUUGUAGAAUUGCAUUUGGAAAAAGUUAUGAAAAUGAAGGGGGUGAGAAAAGUAGGUUUCAUUGUUUACUUAAUGAGACACAAGCUAUUUUUCUUUCUUUUUUUGUUUCGGAUUAUAUUCCUUUUUUGGGUUGGAUUGAUAAACUCACAGGGUUAGUUGCUCGUGUUGAUAACACUUUUAAAGCUUUGGAUGAGUUUUUUGAAGAAGUUCUUAAGGAACAUCUUGAUCCUAAUAAUAGGAAGAAAGAAGAAGAAGAGAAGGAUAUAGUUGAUGUGUUACUUGAGUUAAAAAAGAAGGGUCGUCUCUCAAUUGAUCUUACCAAUGAUCACAUCAAAGCUGUUAUUAUGAAUCUACUUGUAGCAGCUACAGACACAAGUGCAGCCACAUCAGUUUGGGCUAUGACUGGACUAAUGAAGAAUCCAAGAGCAAUGAAGAAAGCACAAGAAGAAGUUAGAAACCUCUAUGGCAACAAAGAGUUCAUAGAUGAAGAUAAUAUUCAAAAGCUUGUAUAUCUCAAGGCUGUGAUAAAAGAGACACUAAGAUUCUACGCACCAACACCAAUGGUACCAAGAGAAACCAAUGAAGGUUUCAUUCUAAAUGGUUAUAAAAUAGAGCCAAAGACUUCAGUAUAUGUGAACGGUUAUGCUAUUUAUAAAGACCCUGAGACAUGGAAUGAUCCUGAAGAAUUUUAUCCAGAGAGAUUUUUAAACAAUGACAUAGAUUUUAAAGGACAAGAUUUUGAGUUGAUUCCGUUUGGUGCCGGGCGUAGAAUUUGCCCCGGCAUACCACUAGGAAUUGCCACGGUGGAAAUGAUAACUGCAAAUCUUCUCAAUUCAUUUGAUUGGGAAAUGCCUGAAGGGAUGACAAAAGAAGAUAUAGACAUUGAAGGGCUACCGGGACUUGCUAGUCACAAGAAGAAUCAUCUUUGCCUUGUUGCCAAGAAUCACAUGUGAAAUGUUGCAAGGUCAACUGUAGUGUAAUAAAUUAGCAAUAAAUUUAGGAAUCUUGAAUAUUGCAUUCGAGUUUGAGACCAUUUCAUUUAAUGUUGAUGAUAACUUGUGGUCCAUUUCCAAUUUCCAAAUCAAUUUCAAGGUUAUCCAAAAUAAACUUUCAAUAAAACAAAAUGAUUUAUCAUAAUAA